AUGUUUCGUCGCAACAACAACUGGCAGCGGCCUAAUUUGGCACUGGAUGCCGCAGCACCCCCCUUUGGGCCCCCGAUAGAGUCGAUCGCCAUCGCCGACUUGGCGAAGUCGGCAUCCAAGUACUCGUCUUCUGCUACAGUAACUGACUGUGAGGUCCUUGCAUCAUACAAUUGGUUGGACAGAGCGCAGCCGACAAUGAAGGUCCCAGGCGCACCACCGAGAUGGACGCCGCUGAGCGCACCUCGUCAAUUGUAUGAAGACAGCGGCGUCUACUAUCGCGACAAAAACGCGGCGAGAUAUGCUUCGCAUCCAAUGGAGCCCGCCAUCAGAGCCAUCUUGACGAUGCAGCCGGAGGCACCCAGCAAGCAAGUCGACAUCGUCGCUUGUGGAAGCACACUGGGCAAUCUUCUUCGAUUUGUGAGACGCGACGAGCGGCCCUUCCGUAUGUUGGUAGAAGUCGUCGGCAACACGGUGCACCUGAUCCGCAGAGAAAAUUCGCCCACGGCAACGAUCCCAGACGUUCGAGGCUACGGCCACACGUUUCCAGAGGCCUACACCACAUGGGAUGCAGAUGUCCGCGGCUCAGCUUCUCACCAGCGGAUUCUCAGAUACGACUUUGGCGGACUCGGCUGCAUCGUCCGGCACGAGGGUGACGGCUAUCUGAAGGACCGACUGGGUUCGACGGCGCAACCCAAGCGUGAGCGCGGAGCUGCAGAUCCCGUCAAAGAUCUCGUCGCCAGCCUAGCGGACAACAACAUGACAUCGAAGACACCCGCGACUUCUUCUCAGUUGCAAAUGCUGUCGGGGGGCUUCAAGGUUCCGCAAUCAGCAGUCUUCGAUCUCAAGACACGAUCGAGCAUUCGUCGAGGCCGCGACUUCCUCGGCGAAGAGCUUCCUCGCAUGUGGGUGGCGCAGAUACCGAACUUCGUCCUGGCAUAUCAUAACCGAGGUGUCUUCAACGACAUUGAAGUCAUCGACGUGUCUUCCAAGCUCAAGGAUUGGGAGAGGGAGCAGAACAAUGAACUCUCACAGCUAGCAGCACUUCUGCACCGCAUCGUCGAUGUUGCCCAACCGAAUCACAGGCUGGAGAUUGCUCACCGUGUGCCAGGGAAGCUGGAAGUGUUGAAGCAGACUCCCGGUUUGCCCGCUUUGUGUUCGGGAGGCGUGCUGUUCAAGUGGAUUCGCUGGUUGGGUACCGCUGGCACCGUCAUGUUCAGUAGCGACGGUGAGUAUGACUCUGACGUGGGCGGGGGCGACCUUGGUUGGAGCGAUAGCGACAAAGAUGACCGGGAUUUCACUGCUUGUUCGCAGGAAUGUUCGUAUUGCGGCCGAUGUACUUACUGA